GAGCACUUAACUAAAUUGUCAUUUGUCAUCCUCCAAUGUCAAGCGAAGACCGAGGCAAAUGUAAGUCUUUGCGAGGUUUUUUGCCAUAAAACUCGCUUGAGGCUUGAGAGCCUGCCUCAUUUUUUCUCAUAUCAGGAAGUACCAAAACCACUUCCUACCAAAACCAAAACAAAAGCUAAUAGAAAAUGUUGUCACGAAAAAGACUGUCCGAUCCGAAAGCACUUUUGACUGCAGCAGCCUCUUUCGCUGCCACGGCCAUGCUUAUUCGAAGCGUUGCCAAUGAUUUCAUUCCUAUUGAACUUCGAAGCUAUUUCUUCUCCAGGAUCGGUAAACUUUGCUGUAAGUUCUCUUCGACAUUGAUCGUUGUCAUAGAUGAGUUUCAAGGGCAUUCCACAAACAAGGUCUUUGAGGCUGUUGAUGCCUAUCUGGGUACUAAAGUGACCCCUUAUGUUCGAAGAAUUAAGGUGAGCAAAGGCGAUGAGGACACGAAACUAACAGUCACUGCUGAUAGAGAUGAAGAGAUAGUUGAUGUUUAUGAAGAUUUGCAAGUAAGCUGGAUUUUGGUUUGUACAGAGAUUGAAUCAUCUGGUACUAGAAGUGGUGGUGAUAAUAAUUCCUUCUCAAGACUAGAAAGGAAAGCCUUCGAGCUAAAAUUCCAUCAGAAACAUAGAGAAAAGGUGUUAAAUUCUUACUUACCUUACAUUUUGGAGAGAGCAAAGGCCAUUAAAGAAGAAAUCAAGGCUAUAAAGCUUCACACAGUUGUUUACGGGAGCUGGGACUCGAAUGCCAUUAAUCUUGAUCACCCAAUGUCCUUCAAAACCCUUGCCAUGGAUCCUGACCUUAAGAUGGAAUUGAUGGAUGACUUGAACAACUUCGUGGAGGGGAAGGAAUUCCAUAGAAGAACUGGGAAAGCUUGGAAACGAGGGUACUUGUUGUAUGGUCCUCCUGGCACUGGGAAAUCAAGCUUGAUAGCAGCCAUGGCUAAUCACCUCAGUUAUGACAUCUACGACUUGGAUCUAACAUCUGUACGGUCUAACUGUGGUUUAAGAUCAUUGUUGCUUGGCAUGUCGAACCGAUCUAUACUCGUGAUCGAGGAUAUUGAUUGCACAAUCAAUCUGCAGAACCGAGAAUCCUCGAGGGAAUCAGGGGAUAAUAGCAAAAAUCAGGUGACACUUUCAGGGCUGCUCAACUUCAUAGACGGUCUUUGGUCAUGCUGUGGUGAAGAACGUAUCAUUGUUUUCACGACCAAUCACAAAGAUAGGCUCGACCCUGCUUUGUUGAGGCCAGGUCGCAUGGACAUGCACAUUCACAUGUCAUAUUGCAACUUUUCUGGAUUCAAGCAAUUGACAUUCAACUAUCACGGGAUUUCCCAACAUCAACUCUUUGAAGAAAUUGAAGGGCUUAUAGGGGAGGUUAAAGUCACACCUGCAGAAGUUGCAGGUGAGCUCAUGAAGAACAAAGAUGCUGAAGUUUCUCUCCAAGGCCUCAUCAAGUUCCUUCAGAACAAGAAAACUCAGCCUCAUGAUAAGGCUGAAACUGAUAAGGAUGUCAAAGGAGACCAUCAGGAAGGGAAAGAGAAGAAAGAUGGUGAAGAGGAAAAAUUAAAACAAGCUGAGGGUGAUAAGGCUGAAACUAACAAGGAUGCCAAAGGAGACCAUCCAGGAGGAACAGAGAAGCAGGAUGGUGGAGAGGGAAAAGUAAACUAGCUGGUCAUGGAUGAUGACCAACAAAUAUGAGAAAUAAGUUGGAAAGACUUGAAUGGUUGUGAAAGUGCUCCCCUUCCAUUCCUCUUCCCCCUCUCACAUGUUGAAUCCUCAUCAUUUUUCGGGAAAAUAAAAGAGUUUUCUUGGUGAAGAUACAUGGAAAUGGGUGAGGGCUGAGUGCAUGUUCAAAUGGUGAGGAGACAUAGUGAGAGUAACUCUUUAUGCAGUAGUUGUUGUGAGGGAGGAAGGGUAAGUUUUGUUAAGAUAUAAAAUAAAUAAUAAAAUCUACCUCUUUCCAUUA